AUGGCCGCCUCAAUACUACAACGGCUCUUAAUGCCGUCCAUACGGUCAACAACCUCAAUCUCUACCCUUCGUCCCACCACACAAUCUAUCACGAAUCAGCUCAAAUCAAUCACAAUAUCCUCGUCGCGGACAUUCUCCUCAACCCCCUCCCACGCCGCAACAUACAACCAAGUCCGUCGCGGUUGCCGUACUGCACAAGCUAUGCGUAAAUCUGUUUCCCCUGCCUUAUCAACAGUCCAGGCUCCAGCACUAAAGGGCGUAGCAUUGAAAGUCGGAAUCACCAAACCAAAGAAACCGAACUCGGCAGAACGUAAAACGGCCAGAGUUAGAUUGAGUACGGGAAGAGUGGUUACGUGUUAUAUUCCGGGUGAAGGACACAAUGUGCAACAGCAUAGUGUGGUAUUGGUCAGAGGAGGAAGGAGUCAAGAUUGUCCGGGGGUGAGAUAUCAUUUGGUUAGAGGAGCGGGAGAUUUGGGAGGUGUAGGAAAUAGAGCAACAUCACGGUCGAAAUAUGGAACGAAGAAACCAAAGAAGGCGACUGCAUGAGAGCGUUGAUGUAGAAUUAGCCGGAGGUGAAAGAUGGAGUUUAGAGGAACAUUCACCCUCCAAAGAGUUAGAGAAUGAACGAUAAUAUAUCGAACGGGAGGAGGACUAUAGCCACUAGAAUACACGGAGGCAUCAAAUGAGCCUAUAGGUGGUUUAUACAGGAUUUCCAGCCUCGUGCGUUGAGACGUCGAGAGCGAUUGUACAUUACACAAAAUAUCAACGAUCUAUGCAUAAAUAUGGAUAAAAUCUAAUG